AUGGCUUCCACUAAGGCCGGUAAACCCAUCACCUCGAGGCGGACAGCCCUGUAUCGCACUUUGCACGACCAAGUCGAUAGCUCGGCGCUGUCCAACGCGCUCAAGACCUGUGACAAACGUAGGUCGGGCACACUUUUCAUCGUACACACCUGGCUCUGUUCCUGGAGUUGACUCGGUCGCCCAAGCUCCGCGCGAACAGUGCUCCGACUAGAUCCCCACGACGAACUGGCCUUACAAACCCGGCUCCAGCUCCUCAUCGCUCUCGAUCGCUUCACCCAAGCUGUGACGGCAAUCGAAUCUGCUCAUUCGGCCACAUACAAACCUUAUUGCUGCUACAAACUCGCGCGACCGAGCGAGACUAUCGUUCUAGUGGAUGACGACGGUCGUGAGCGCCAACGCGAGCAGCAAGAUGAUCGCACAGCCUUCGUCCUCCGAGCACAAGCUGUGAGGACUUGGCACAGCAGUGCAGUGCUGAGGCCGGGUGAGCGAAUGAGAUUGCACGUUCUAAUCGAAUCUUCUGGACUAUCUUUCCCGCAGCUGUACCGCUUGGAACGAUUCGAAGAGGCAAGAGACCUGUUUGAAGACUUGAUCGCUUCGACGGACGAGGUCAGUGUCGAGGCGAUAAAGAUGUCUCCUCAGCUUGAGCCCUUCUGAAGCUGAUCACUCCAUUUGCAUCUAGGCGUCACCGGAGGUUAUAGACCUGCGGGCGAAUGUGGACGCCUGCUUGCAGCACCUCGCCUUCGUGUCGACGACCGUGCCAAAUGCGCUCUCUGUUUUUACAGCUGCCAGACUCGAUCAACUUGAGAACUCGCCAGUGCCCCAGCUUGUACACCACAAAACCAACUACAGCAGACCUUCGGCAUCGCAAUUGGUCGCGCAGGCCGCCCCCAAAAAGCCACGGCAUCGUCGACCCGAACACCUCGCUGCUGCCUCCACACCACCUGACGAGGAUCGGUGGUUACCCAAGCGCGAACGAGCAGGGGCCGAACAUAUUCGAAAAAAGGAGAUCAAACGAGGCAAGAUCAAGGAACGACUGGCGAUGCAGGGUGGCACGAGUUCUAUGGGUGCGGCCGCUGAAGCAGGGCAGACCGCUAGCAGGAAAGCUGAUCCAAAGAAAAAGAAGGCCAAAGGUCGCAAGUAG